CAUCUGAAAUAAUGAGGGACAUGUAAUAACCCGCAUAUUUACCAGAGACUUUGUCUACUUGCUCACACGAAAUUCUAUCAGUUUCUCUUUGAUCACCACAAAAUGACGUUCUUGCAAGUAUUUAUUUUAAUUAUUACCUUUAAUGCUCAGUUAAUCGAAAUAAAUUCAAAGUCACUCAAUAAUUCGUCGAUAAUAGAAAAAUCGCAACAUUCAAAUAUUAGUCCACCAGUUGAACCAAAAAUAAAUUUGUCAUCGAAAAGUGAUAGAAAUAAAUCAGAAACAGUUAAAUCUGUUGGGCAGAAUCGUAAUGCUAAAUUUUUUUACGCACCAUCAUUUUUAACUGGUUUGGGAAUCGGUAGUUUAGCUAGUUCUGCAGCAUUAGCAUCAUCAUCAUCACCAUCAAAUCCAGAAUUGUUGUUAACAGCAAGUAAUGCUGUAACCAAGCGACACCCACGGCCAAUGACCAUAUUCAUGGAUACUAAUCGGAGCUUACCAAUGCCUCCAAUAUCAUCAUUACAGGAUAACUUUAACGUUUAUGAUUCAACUUAUCCAUACAUUGCACUUUCUACGAGUCUUUUCGAUCAGUCACUCCGCUCAAUUUACAAUAUGCUCGGUCACCUAAGGUCACAGUUGGCUGGCAAAGAAACUUCUAACGACAUUCAAAAAAUUUCUAUGAAUAACUUAAAUAAUUAUGAAGUUAACAAUAGUGCUGAAGAAACGUCAAACAUUAAAGUUAUUAACAAAGAUGAUAGAGAGCAAUUGGGAAUUGUCAAUCGCUCGGUCUUAAAAGACGUUAUUAAAGAGUCUAUUGAAGAAAUAAAUAAUGAUCUAGAACAAAGACAAGGGACACGUCUUAAUGUUGGUAAUAGUGAUGUUCCAAUGGUUUCUAAAACACCAGAACCAACAGUUCGACAAAAUAAUGAUAAAACUAAUGGAACCACUGGUGACAUUAAUAAGAAUGGCACUCAAAUGGUAUCAACUACAGUACCUCCAAUCAAUACAACUGUUCAUCCUGGAUAUUAUGGCGGAAAUCCACAAAAUAUAAAUAAUAUUAAUUUGAUACCCGCAAUACCCGGAUUGCCAUCUCAUUCAUAUGGUUAUCCAAACGAAAUACAAUAUGCUCCCCCGCCUAAUAUUUACGAAUAUGGAUAUGGACAAGGACAUGUACAUGGACAUGGACAUGGACCUGGACCUGGAUAUGGACAAGGAGCGUUUAAUCAAGAUUACUAUCAUCCCGAAUCUUUUUACGAAAUUCCAGUUGAUCACUCAUCGAGCGGUUCUUUUUCAGCAACGACCGAACACUGGCCAAUCUACCCACCAUACGCAAGAGCACUUAAAUUUCCUAACAAUGAUAAAAACAGUAAAAUUAAUACAAAUAGUUUUAGACCUUCGAGUAAAUUUGAAUAAUUAUUUGUUGUUGCUUUUAUUUUUAUUUUUAUAAAUUAGUUUUUAAGUGUUCGACCGUAGUAUUAUUUGAUAUAUAUUUCAUAUCUUCGUUUACUUUGCAACAGAAAAUUUUAAUGUACACUGAUAAUUAUAUAUAAUUAAUGAUUGUCAGCAGGGCAACUUUUUAAUCUUUAAUCGGCUAAGCGAGAAAAUUAAUAGAACAGUUAGUUGGAAAACUUAUUUACGUUAGAUAUAAGAUAUAUAUAUAUGAAGCUUAAUUUAAGUCGAUACAAAAUUAUUA